AUGUCAACGAGAAGGAGCGCCAGAAUUCGCAACAUUGACUUGGGCGUCAAUACGAAGCCAGCUCAAUCUACACCUGCGCCUACUGCCCCACCAAAGAGAAAGCGUAAGGCCCCGGCUGAAGACGAGCAAGAUGAGCAGACAACGAAAGGGAAGAAAGUACCAGCAAAGAAGGUAAAGGCGGCCGGUAGAAAGCCAAAAUCGAAGGUCAAUGAUACAGCCGAGAUCGAGACUCAGGAGGAGGCGGUCCCAGUCCCUGAUGAUGUCUUGUCCGUCCUGCCAGCCGAGAUACUCGAGCCGAUCCUCGAGAGCGUCAAUGACCCAAAAAGCAUGGUCAUGAUGGCCUGCACCUCUAAGCGAUAUUACGCUAUCGUAAUGGCCAUCAUCCAUAAGCGCAUCUCCGUCUCAACCUCCUUCUGGACGCAUAUUCCCCACGUCAUCCGUCGCAUUGAACCUCAUCUAAGCAUAGCCCAAAAGAAACAGCUCAAGAGAGAGGGCAAGUACAAAGGCCAACAAGAGAAAUUCUCAACUCUUCUCGAUCCAAACGCUGUGCCUCCUUGUGCCAGCAAUGUCAGGCAGAUGAUCAUUGGACACAUUAAUCCUGGCAAGAGGCAUAAGCCCUUUGUGUUGAGAUACUUUGAGGAAGUCUUGAAAAACCUUCGCAACUUGGAGGUCUUCGAUGCCGAAGAUCUUACUGAGCCAAUGGCGGAGAAUCUUUCUAAAUUGAAGAAUCUCAAAUCUAUACGUCUCCACCCUCACCAACGUACCAUAAAGCCUGAAGCUAUGGCUCCACUCGGCAAACUCGGGAAUCUUGAGCACAUCUCCAUCGAAGAUUUGUCUUGGGACAGAAUCAUUGCCACCGAUGAACGACCCUUUCAGAGCAUGCUACUCAACUCCCUGUCAACUCUUCAGAGCCUAGAGGUUCGAACAUCCAUAUAUUACUCUGACUUUCUAGGGGAUUGGGAAGAUCAACUUAAAGCUCGUGACCCUGAUGCUUUGGAACAACAGCCUGAUUUCACGGCGCUCAAAUCACUGACGUUACGUGGGAUAAGCUUCGAAGGUAAACACCGUGACAAUGUUAUGCGAAAUUUUACAAGAGCUUUUGACUUUCUCAAGCUCAGGGAACUGAAGCUCAUGAGUCUUGAAGUGGGACAGCUCAAGUUCUUCAAAUAUCUCGAAAAUCUGUUUACCAAAGGUGGCAAGGGAGGCAUUCACCUGCGAAAGCUGUCUUUGCAGAUGACAGAGCCUGGUUACAAGUCAAACUACGCCGAGACAGAGGUAUACCUCGAAGGGAUGUAUCGAUUCAUUUCGUCCUUUGACUCGUUGACUAGCUUGGAGAUACAUGAUUACAACUUGUACAACUCGGCAGUGCAGCCUAACCCCGGUCUUUCGAGACGGCUGUUGCAGUCGGUUGUGAAGCAUGCGGGGCUCGAAACACUGCGCUUUCAUUAUCGGCAUUCGGGUAGUGAGGCAUGGGACAUACCAUAUGCCUCAGCUGAGUCCGUGGAAAUCUUGACCAAGAACCUACCUUCGCUACGGGUCUUUGAGAUUGCGCCCCAAGAAGAUAACCUUGUAAGUUGUUGCACCUCUCGCAUGGAGCUUAAAACUGACCUGAAGAAGGACGCAAUGGCCCGCGCUUUAUCACGCGCCAAGAACUUGACAAAUCUACUCUGCCCCAACUUCAAGAGCUAUUACGACGAUCGAGAAAACGCCCACUUGAAUCUAGCUAAAAGCCUCCUUGGGGGAUUUCUGGAAAACGCUAGUAGCUGUGAGAAAUUCGCUUGGGAGGAGCAUUAUAAGCUCGGACGCCUCACCAUGGGCUGGACAGACUUGCGUAUUGGAUCUGGACUUAAGCCGAAGAAGAAUUUUGAAAAGCCUGUUAAGAUCGAGAAGGCCGAUCGUAUGGUGAUGGUACAGAAUCUGCAGCCCAAGAAGUGGGGAGACUCGAAGCAGGUGUAUUACACUGCUGAUAGUCGAUGGGUGGAUCAUAUUACGAGGCCGGAUCGUCGCGAGGGACCGUUGCAGCUUGUGUAUGAUGAUUGA